AUGCGACCUGCAAUAUCCGAAGAACAAUUAUUGGGCACGACAGUAUGCGAAAACGGCGGACAUGCAGUCAGAUGCUUGGAAAAUGCUUGCUCAACAUGUGAUGACAGCGAAGAUGGAUAUGCUCUUGCUCGAGCACGCCUAGAGCUGCUCAUGGAACUUGUACCAGACGAUGCAGAUGUUACCUAUGCCCAGCUAUGUGAAAUCGAAAAAGUCGACGCCAACAAUAACAGAUACAAGCGAGAGCAAAUUCUCAUGCAAUGUGCACCAAAGGUGGAGUUCCUUGAUUUGCUGACCGACUACCUUCUGAGAGGAUGCAUGUCUUCUGGUGCCCAAAAGAAACUGCUGAACCACUACAAACUCAACGAAGAGUACAACUUCAGCAGGAGUCUUCUAGACAUCUGCACCUACGAUAACGAUGCCCUAAUGAUCACGACGGAUUACGCGAUGGGUGUCAGUGCCAGAGAAAUACAGGAAACGCAAACUAUGCAUUUCCGGAAGGAUGUGUUCCCGCUACUCUCGGAUAUUAGCUAUGGAAAGUGCCCAGACGGAAAGCCUCGGAAGAUCUACACACAUCUCCUUGCAGAAGUCAGAACUCCGAAGGAUCCACAGUUCUCCCUUGCCGGAAUCAGAAUGUCCUUGGAGAAAGCGUAUCAGUUGUAUGGCCCCAAGAAGAACCUCUUUGUACAAAGUGACGGGGCGGAAAGCCAGUUUUGGAGUGCCGAAAUGUAUUACACCCUUCCCAAGUUCUUCAACAGCCUCGAUGAACGGUUCAACUUCCAGACAAUCAUCUGGUACAAGACAGUGUCAGGGCACGGAAAAGGUGAAAUCGACUCGAGUCAUGGCUGCGUGAAGAGAGAUCUCACCAACCUCUACAACAAUCUUGGCCGUAACGACCUGAAUGGGGAUGGUCUUGACGUUAUUGGUUUGGUUGACAGCGCUGCUGGACUCGUCGACUACUUGAACAAGGAUAUGAAAUGCCAUUUUGGCGACCUUCAUAGUGAUAAAGAUGAUAGCCGAGGAUACUUUCUGAGUGGAAGGUAUAUUUCCGAGUUCCAGCGUGACCCAGACCUUCAAAUUGCCGGAAAAACUGUCAACGGCAGUCGAUCGGAAUGGUUUCAUAUUAUUCAUUCAUCAAAAUAUCCAUAA